CGAACAUACCUACAUGAUAAAGCAUGCACAGGGAAAUAAUAGUUGGCCAUUUACUGUCAACGACGUUGUUCGUUUUACAUUCGUCCUCUGCACGCGCCUUGCUCGCGAUAGCCGGAGUUUUAGCCACUUAUUACUUCUUCUUCAAGAACCCAAACGAGUUCAAGAAUCAUGGAAUACCAUACGUGCGACCUUUGCCAUUGGUGAGCAACAUGGGACAACUAAUCUCUGGCCAGAAAACAGCACCCGAAUUUUUCAAAUUGAUAUACGGUUUUCAGUAUCUUCAACAAUGCCAUAUAUCAAUCAAAGGUGUUAUGGCUGGCAGGGUUACUCAAGCCAAAAGUCAUCAGCGAGAAGAUCGUAAAUUUUCUCAGGGACGCUGUGGAGACCAUCAUCAGGAUUAAGAUCCAGAAGGGCAUAAUUCGGUCGGACAUGUUGCAUAAAAAUUAAUAACUAUUAUUAAUGGUAUGAAUAUUAAAAGUAAGAAAUGUUUGAUAAUAAAGAUAAGAAUGUUUUCUUAA